CCCGUCGUGAGGAGAUAUUAAAGGACGGCGUUCUCUGACAUAAAGAGUUGCUCCCGUCGCUUCUUUUCCCUCAGCUUGACAUCUCGCCAGCGUGACAUCGCGCUCCGCCAGGCGUUGCUUCUCCCGCGCAGAGGCUCAAAAAGCAAAUCCCACGCUUCCUGUCCGUCCACCAUGUCCGUGUCCAGCCGACGCGGACUCUCCGUCGCCGCGCUCACCUUCGUCAUCAUCGUGCUCCUGUUCCUCACGCACUCGCGCAACGCCGCGCCCUCCGACUCCCUCCGCGUCGUCGCCGCCAAAUCUGACGCCUCCGGCCCUUCGUUCCUGCAGGAGCAGCCGGACCUUCACGGCCACGCCAUCGCCCCCAAGCUGGGCAACGAGACGCUCAAGGCCGAGCUCGGUCGCGCAGCCUGGAAGCUGUUCCACACCACCUUUGCGCGUUUCCCGGACAAGCCUACGGCGGACGAGUCGCUUGCGCUGAAGACGUACAUACAUCUCUUCCAGCGGCUCUAUCCCUGCGGCGAAUGCGCGGGCCACUUUGGAAAGAUACUGGAGAAGUACCCGCCUCAGGUGAGCUCGAGAAGCGCCGCCGCGGCUUGGGGAUGCCACGUGCAUAACCAAGUCAACAAGAGACUGAAAAAGGAGGAGUUUGACUGCAGCAAAAUAGGAGACUUCUACGACUGCGGAUGCGCAGAGGAUCCCAAGGAGAAGAAGAACCUCGACGACUGAGGACGCGAGGGCAUUCUUUUCUCUUUUGAAGAAUAAUUUCAACAUGGCCGCUUUGUCCAGAACGGUAUAUGGAGCGCGGGCUAGCCCCUAAUACCUUCCGAACUGUAUUUAGAAAGACUCCAGAGGCGGCUGCUUUUCUGCUCUCAGGGAUGGCUAGCCCUCGACGAUCAAGAGCGACGAUGGUACAACGAUCAUGGUCACAGGUCUAGCGGGCAAAAGAAAGGGCCACACGGGGUGCUGAACAAGGAAAUUCGAUCAAGUCGCCAAAGUGCCUGUCUACUGCAACGUGCAACUGCAGACCGUUGUAUGUAGCGAAUUGAGGAGACGCAUGGCUGCAUUUGUGAGGGGGGAAAAAAGAAGGGUCCUCAACAACUUUUUUUUUGUUCCAUCGUGAAAGGCUUAUUGAUAUAAAGGUCGUCGCUCACGCAAAAAGUCGUGGAAUGAAGGGUUAUUUCAGGAGACAUACCGCAGCCUAGACUACGACGGAAGGACCGUGCUUCGACGUCGACGUUCGAAACGCGGGUGGUAGCCACUGCAUUUUGAACUUUUUUUUCGCAAUUUAUUUUCAUUUUAGUUUAAAAAAA